AUGGAAGACGAACAACCCAUAUCGCCCAUCACCGCUCUGUGUAUUGUGGCGGACAAAAACAAAGUUCCAACAGGCUUCGAAGCGGUAAACUACCAAAAAAAAAAAUGUUCCUUUACAUAUUUCAUUAAAGUUGACCAAAUGUUACGAUGACCAAACAGAAGCGGAUCUUUGGCACGACAGCAUGUGGACUUUCAAUAGGCAAGUUCGCUACUUGUGCUUCACCAAACAUGUUCCGGCAUCGGCAAUCAAAGUGAGUUCUCUUCUUUGUUAUUUAAUCAGAAUUUUGGAUUGUUCAGGGUGUUACUCCAGUCGUCACCAACAUCACAAUCGUCAAAGAAAGCGAUCCGAUUCCGCAUGGAUUUGUGGCGCUGGACUACACCGUUGACAGUCGUACGUUUUUUCUUCCUAUAAAUUCGAUUUCAUUUUUGUGUUUAAAUACUUUUUUCAUUUCUUGAUUGCUGUUUCAUGUACAUACCAUUUUUUUGAAUUUUUUUUCCCCUAAAACGCUGAUAAAAAACUUCAAUUCCAUCUAUAUUAUUCUACGCGGCUUCAAAAAGUUGGAGGGGUGACAAUCGAUAAAUGUUUUUAGAGUUUUACGAUACUCAACAGUUUAUCAAAUAGCAAAGUUUUUGGUCGCUAGGAUCAGAACAAACUGUCGAGUUUUGUUUCUUCUCUUUUUUUGCAUGUAUAAUCAUUUUUUAAGGCGAAAGAACGCUGCGCAAGAAGUACAUCUGUAUUCGUACUGAACCUUGUGAUCGAGCCGUCGACGCUGUUGGAGAAGUCAUUGUCAUGAACAAAUCGAAAAAAAUACCUAAAAACUACACCUUGGCCGGGUGAGCUCAAAUAUUUUUCUGUUAUAAUUCUAAUUUUUUUAAUUACUUUGAAAAAAAUUUCGAAAAUUGUUUUGAAAGAAAAAGACGACAGAAGUGAUACCCUGAACAAAAAAGUUUUCAGAGAAGUCGACGCGAUGAAUAUUUGCUUUAAAGUUUGUGCUAUUCCACCAACUUUUGGUAUUGUCACAAGUUCGAGGUUAUUCUUCAUUUUUUUUUCAAUUCAUCGUUUUUUUUUUCAGCACUAGCAAUUUGAACGAUAGCAUUCCCACCUUGUACCCUGGCUUGAGCUCUACGAAUUCUUCUUCGACCCCGACUAUUUCGGAAACCACAUCUGUUCCUAGCAAAGUCGACGCUUAUACCAUGAAGGUUUUGUUCACCUAUGUUAUUUCGCAUUGAUUCUUUUCUAGUCUUCGUUGCUGCCAAAAGUCAAAGGAAUUGACGGAGUUCCAUUCAAACUCAAUCCUCGGCUCAUUCGUUCAGAAAAUCAGGUAAAAAUUGAAAAUGUUUCAAAAUCCGUACGAUCUACGUAUUUUUAUUAUCAUAAUGAUUACCAUGAAAAACCGCUAAUUUUUUUAUUUUGAAGAUUGAAUUUACAAAGAAAAAAAUAAACAUCAAGAAGCCGUUGUGAGAAAUAAUUUUAAUAUGAUGAAACUCACAAAAUUUUUCCCCCCAUUUUAUUUUUGACGAGUUCCAGUUGUGAAUUUCUUUCCCUGCAUUUUUCGGUUCAACUUGAAAAGAAAAUCGAAUUUCACAACACACACUUAGAGAGCGCAAGCUUUAUCAAGCGAAUUUUCUCUUUGAACUCUUUAUUGCUUUAAGCACACUAACCCACUGUUUUAUGUUUUUUCGUAUCUUGAGACAAUAUGAGACGCUAGUAGUGAAAAGUUUGCAUGGAGCUUUUUUUGGAGUAAUUACGCGCCAUAAAUCUGCGCAUGGCUAUUAAUUAUUAAGCGGAAACGCGGCCGUUGUGUCACGUUUGUUCAAACAUCUCCAACUGAAUUAGAAACGAAAUCAAAAAAACAAAGGUAGAAUUUACUAAUAAUUAAAAAGAAAAUAUUUUUUUAAAUAUUGCAUCAAAAAAAACAACGUAAUAAGAAAAACCUUUAAUUAAUAGGUGUUCCUUUGGAAUAGUGGAAUUGUUUGUAUACCCAAUUACGCACCAGUUUGUCACCUUUUUUCCGCCAAAAUACCGUAUGCCAAUUUGGAUCAAAAUUGUGCAUCUUCGCUUCAAGACUUGCGUUUUCUGCUGCCUUUUUAGCAGUUCGUAAAGCAAACUUUGGUAUCUACGAUAGCUUUUUUCUGCAAGUGAAAGCUUUCAGGAAGACGAUUUGCCCAAUAUCAACGACCUCAUCGACAUGAAACUUCUCCAAGAAGGAGUCCCGUACAGUUUCCAAUUGGAGCGAUCCAUUUUGUCGUGAACAUUUCGAAAAGAAAGAAAACCGGCGCUCAACCCAGUCACAAAACCACAUCUCAUGAAACUUUGCUUUUAUAAUUGUGUACACAUGAAAAUAUUUAUUUGUUUCGUUGAAUUGUCGAGAAAGCACAGGUUCGAGGCAGGGAGAAAGGGGCAAAGGCGCGGGAAAAAAAGGCAUUGCACACGGAGAACUCGCGCCAGGUAACGUUGUUUGUUGUGUGCCGACCGCAAUGCCAGUUUUCAUCGCUGUCCGUCGAGAGCCUCGCUUCCGAAUCCUUCUUUUGGAGAAGGCGACUAGCGGUUCACAGAUCAUUCAAAACUCACGUUGCAAUUUGUUAUGUCCUCGAGCUUUUCUUCCGAAAUUCUCAAUUUUUGUUAAAAUUUUGAAAACUUUUUUUUCGCAAGAAAGUUUUGGUGAGAAUCGCAAUUCAAUCAAAUCUCACCUCCCCGAGAAAAAAAGUUUCAGAUUUUUCAAAAUUUUUUUCUAUGGACUUCGAAAGAACAUUUAUCUUUUAGAAAUCACCUUAAGAUUUUUAAAUUCAGAUUUUUUUAAAGAAAGAGCUGGUAAAUUUUUUUCAAACUGGUCAAGAGAAAAAGUCAAAAUUUUUAGUUUUUUUGAUUCUUUCAGUUUUCAUUUGUGAAAAUGAAGAAAAAGAAACAUUCAACAAAAAAAUCGCAAAAAAACAUUCAUAAAAGUGUAUGAAAUUUUUUUCUCUUGGAAAAAAACUUUUUUUAUUCACUUUUCAAACUAAACAUACAAAAAAAUGGAUCUAAUCCUGAAAAUUAAAAAAAGCUUGCAAAAAAAUUUUUAACCACCAUUUUGAAAAACUUUCACUUUCAUUUUGACAAGAAAUGAUUUUUUUCCGUUUUUUUAUUGUUGAUUCAUCCAUUUGUUGCUUAAAACUGAGCACAUCAUCACAUCAUAAACAAAUUUUUCACAUUUUUUUCUCAUUCAUCAAAGUUUUCGAGAGAAACUGGUUGAUAAAUAUUAUGUGAGUUUUUAAAUUAUAUUUAUAACUGAGUAUUACUGCACAUUUUUUGUCCUAUUCCUUCAUCCUAUCUGAAAUAUAUUCGUAGUUUUCGAUUAACAACAGCUUUUCCAGAGAUUGAAAAUAUGAGAAGAGCUUCGGUUGCCCUCGGCAUUCUUCCGCCGGAAAUUCUAGAGGUGAGUGAUGACAAAAACUUUUCCAAAGUUGUCCACUUUUUGCGACUUUUCCCUUUCGACUUGCCAUUAUAUAGCGAUUUCCAGACAGUACUUGUCUGUUACCGAAAUAAACCAAAGACAAACAAAGAGAGAAACGGAAAAGUUUCGUCCUGCCCCACUUUCUUCGCGGUACCAAAAGCUCAACAGUUUACUCGAUUGUCCGAACGUCUUGCUUAUUUUCCAGUUUAGUUUUGACUUCAUCUCAUGAACCCUGUUUUUAUAUUAGUGGUUGUGACAUUCCAUGAUUACAGGAAAUAAUAUAAUUUAUAAAUAUUGAAACGAAGCUUUAAAAAAAGAUAAAAAAAUCUGCGCUUGAUUCUCUUAAAAAAAUUUUUUUAAAGUCUAAAUUUUUUUGUGUUAGGGGUUACUUCCUUUUUAAAUAUGAUUUUUGAAUGGUUUUGUGAAUUUUUGUAUGUCCCUAAAACUUUCCUUACGAUUCUACAGAUGGAAAUUGUUUUAAGGUUUCGUAAUUUUACAUGAACCUCGUUCUCCAAUUUACCGGAUUUUUUUUACUGGAGUUUUUUUAAUGUAUUUCUUCUUGUACACACUACCGCGAUUAUCAGUUCUAGAAGGUUAAAAAAGGAUGAACAUUAUUUGAGACAAAAAACGCAAAAAAGUAUAACUGGAAAUGAGGCGGACUAAAAAAAAACAUGAAUGGCACACGUUGGGAGGCGGGUUUCUUUACAUUUUUCCACUCUUCAGACUUUUUUGUCGUCCAGAACGUGUUGCGUGUAAUUCUAUUCGUUUUUGUUCACAUUUUUUUUUUGACUCGGAUAUUUUUACUGAACGGAUCGAAAAUUACAACAGGGAAAAAUUUUUUUUAGGAUUUUUAAUUGUAGAUUUUGGGGAUCGUUUAUCAUUUUAUUGUAGAUUUUUACUUUCUUCUAAGAAAAAAUGAGUUUCAAAGCGAUAAAUUUGUCAUAUUUUAGGUUGACCUCCUUGAUAUGACAAAUCAAGAAGAGAGAAAGGGAGAAAGCGCAGUUGUCAUAUUUGGAAGCAAGCAGAAAGAAGAGUUUGUGAGUAGUUCUUUUUCAAUAUUGUUAGUGUUCAUUCAAAAGUUUUCAGUUCAAACAACUCUGUCAAGCGGCCAAUAAAUACGAGAAACAUGCCCACUAUCAAGACGUCCAUUAUUUGAGCGUUGAGUUCAACGGAAAAGAAGAAGUCAUCGAGUUCACUGACCCGGGACUGGUGAGAUCUUCGCAUGCUUCAUUUAUCAGUUCUUUAUCAUUCAAGUAUUCGCAAAGUAUAAACAACAUCAAAAUUUGAUCAUCGGAAUAAUCUGCCGACCUCUGAUUAAUAUUUGAUUGAUUGUGAGGAAAAUCGAAAGUUCAGGCAAAAACGGGCGGUCGCGAAAUGGCUCUUCGCAGUGCGGACUUUGUACUUCUCCACUACACGGCGAUGAACGUAACUUCCCUGCAAGCCCUACAAUCUCUGACGGAGCUCCUUCAUUCCAGAGCCAAUGUAGGUCUUCCUGUUAUUUUUCACAUUCCGGUUUAUUUUCCCGCGCUAGACUUUUUUCUAAUCAAAUCUACGAGGUAUCUGGGAGAAUCCCACGUAAAGAAGCGAAUCACUAUGGUAAUCGAAAACAACGCCCGGGAAUGUAACUUUGGGACACAGAAAAAAGAAUAACCGCAAAGUUUGCUCAAAUAUUUGCGUUGUGCAUGGAAAAUGGUGAAAACGAGCCUCAUCAAUAAUUCAAAGGACGAGUGAAUGUUUUAGAACCAAUGUGUAGUAGACCCCAUUUUGAGAAAAAACGAUCUUGAUACGCAUAGAAUCUGCAAAUUUCAGACUUUGAACAAUUUUUCCGAUUAAAGUCGAUCGACUUCAUUUGCACAACGUUUCUUUCAUCAUUUUUUGCUCAGUUUUGAGUGAGAAACAGUGGAAUUCAACAAGACAACUUUUCUUAUGAUUGCGAAACAGUUACAAAUCGAAAAAGUCUUGUGCAAACUUUUGAGGUCAAAGGAACAUAAAGCGAUUCAUGUUUGCAUUGUCAUUUUCCGUUUCUAAAAUACUGAAAACCGAACUGAGUCACACAAUUUUUUCUUUUCAUUCUUUUUCGUAUUGGUAUUAGAAAAACGGGGAAACCCUCAGAAAAAUUAAUGUUUUUUUUAUAAGAACCGCAAGAUGUCGUUAGAACUUUCGAACUCAUCUUUUUUAUUCGUUGUUAAAAAUUUUCAUGUAACGCACUUAUCAUUUCAUUUUCUCUCUAUCCUCAAGUCUAACUUUAGAAUAUGCCUUGAUUUUAAGUUCUGUUUGUGAACGUUCUUUUGAAUGUAAAAAAAAUAUCUACUCAAUCAGAUCUUUUAGGUGCCUGUUCUAGUAAUAUGCGACACAGACGAAUGGGUAGAAGAAGAGGAAAAUAUCGCCUCGGAAGGUUUUUUUGAAUUCAGAUGUGUUGUAACCUGUUUUUUUGGAAUCGCUCAGGUUACGAGUCUGAUGCAGAUGGACUUAUGAAACGUCACUAUUCAAUGGAACAAGUUCGCAAGUCGCUGGACGAUGGUGCGAUCAGCGCAGAUUUGGUACGUUUCUUUUUAGUUGCUGGGGUGAAAAAAGUCUGAGCGUACUGGUUUGAUCUUGAUCUUGAAAAAGGGCAAUUUAAUCCAUUUAUAGAGUCAAAAACUGCUCGAAGAACUUGGUUCAACUUGCAAGUUGAUGGAAAUCAGCGGCUCCGAUGGAGAAGAGUUGCGGAAAAUUCUGCAGCACAUUCUGACGACUUUGUCCUCUUCGAAUGAAUGGGGUCGCCGCCGCAAACCUUUGAUUAAAAAGUAAGUCAAAAAAAUUCUUUCAAUCAAUCAAUCAAAACUUUUCUGGUGAUAGGAAAAAAGCACCUUUUUUCGGUUUAGUUAUUUGAACUGAUGAUAGCUUUUUGCAGCCUUCUGCAAUUAAAAUCGACGGAGAAAAAAGAAAAGGAAGCCAAAGAUCUGAAGGAAACAAAAGAAGAUUCGCCAAUCUCGUCCCCAAGUUCAACUGAGUCUAACACCGCAACUGAGAAGAAGAAGAAAAAAGUGAAACGCAAAGGAAAUAAUGUUGAGAAAUCCAGCGUCUGUAGCCUCAUGUAAAAUUAGCUUUCCAGUUCUAUUUCUAACAAUAUUAAGCAUGGUUGUUGACUUUGAUCUCGGCUGUAUACUUAAUUCACAGAUAUUUUGGUCCUUGUUGCUACCGGUCAUUGCCAAAAAAGGCAUGGGUUCCUUCUUCACUCACGAUUCUUUCAUGUGUUUGUUGUUUCACAUUCCAUUCUACAACAACGACACUUCAAGAAUAUAAUUUUCUGUAUUCUGAAUUUUAUUUUGUGUUAUCUAGUCAUAUUUUUCUUAGAAGACUGUUUUUUCGAGGAAAUGUAUAGAAUGAAUUUUCAAAAUGUUACAUGGAAGUUGGUCAUCGGAGGCUUGACACGAAGUUGCCCUUUUGGGUCCAAAACUGGAUUUCAAUAGGCCUAAUCUUUCCAAACUGCCAAUUCCUCUGUUGCGAAGGAGCUGAGACGGAAUAUUUUUCAGCAGACAGAGAGUAAGGAAUAUUCUCCAAAUGUUGCUCAGCGGAGAAGCCUCAAAAAACAUAUUUUCGAAUUUUACGCUUUUCUUCAUAAUCUGAGCUGGCAAGUCUAGCAGGGAUCUUCGAAUUCAAAUUUGCUGCUUUUUAUUUUAGUUUUGAGUGCAAAAAUUAAACUGAGAUAUAUAUAACGCAAAAUAGAAUACCGUCGUAUUUUUCACUAAUUCUGCAUAUGCUACUUUAAAAAACUUGCAAAUAUCUGUUCUUUUUCGGCUGUAUUAUCACGUUCAGCUCCUGCGUUUUUCUUUUUUUGCGCCAGCCUCACAAAAAGCGUAAACAAGGCUGUGAUUAUCAGUAAUGACAAGAAAGGCUGGGAAAGUUGGAGUGGAAAGGUAACGCCAGGAAGCGUCGGUUUCCCCAAGGGAAACGCAACCAAAUCACCUUUGUCGACAGCGACAUCCUUGCGACUCGCUCAAAAACAAUAGUAGUCACCAUUUAUUUCAAGAGCUCUUGUUGUUUUUUUUGGACUGCUCUCUUCUGAAGAGACGGCCACCCUCGCGGCGCUUCAUUAACCUCAUAGCGCAAAUUUUGAAGGCUGGUUGUCGUCCUUUUUUGAUUUUCAGGUUUUCGCUGCCUGUUCAAAAAACCUUUCCGAAUAAAAUUUUUAAUUGAUAGCGUUCAAUGAAAAUAUAACUUCACAACUUCAAAUUAACUCGACUUUGGAAUUAGCUUCGCAUUCCUCUUUUUUUUUUCUUUUUUUUUAAAUCUUUAUAUAAUCAGUUCAUUCUCGUCUUUUUAUUCAUACUUACCCGAGAUAGUUUCAAUUCUCAUAUUCACGUUUCAUUCAAAAUUGAAUAAGCUUAAUAUUUAAGAAUUCAUUUUUUUUUUCGCUUUUUUCGGAAUGUUCCCUCACAAAAAGGCAGUUUCCGAUUUGAGUCCUAUUUGAGGAUACAUUAUACCAAUCAGCAUUAGUCUCCGCGUUUUUUUUUGAUUUUGUGCGUUAAAGACAUUUUCGUGUUUUUUAGUACAUUCGGGGAAAAGAGGUCUCUGAAAUUGCUCAAAUUGCAAUUCUUCUCAAAAAAGAUUUUUGGUAAUUCUUUGUGCGUAACAAUUAGGCUCGGCGACAGGAAGAACGAGAGGGAAGAAAGUGGGCGGCGGGAGCCGAAUUAUAACAAGCAUUAUUGUGCUGCCCACUACUCAAAUUACACCUAUUUCGAUUCAGUCGGUUUUCACAGGACCCAUCAAAAUUGCAAUCAAAAAAUAUUCAGUCAUUCUCAUCGAAAAAAACAAAACCGUAGAAAUCUUGCAGAAACAGGAAAAUAAACAAAAAAUAUUUUUUCUGAAACUUGAACUCUGAACUUUCCUGAACUUUUUUUCCUGAAUUUUUUUAAGUUUUCAUUCUCUCCAACAGGAAUUAUAAAGAGAAAAUAAUUUUUCACAAAUGCUUACCCCUGUCAACUUAUUUUUGGCUUGAGUUUCAAUUUGUGCAGACAUAUUCCCUUGAAUAUUCAAUUGUUUGCGGUAAUUCCGUUUUGGCUCUAGCGUCAAAGAUAAAUUGGAGAAGUUUUUCUUUGGUUACUUGCUGCCCAUUUAUGCCAGAACCAAAUUCAUCGUUUUCCUGUUUUAUUCCAAGUAAAGAUUUCCGAGUUUUCAGAAUUAUCAAAUUUCAAACUGUAAAAGUCAUAUCCGUCUUAUUAUGUCAAACUGUACUCGAACCUACCAUCUUCCUUUCAUGAAUUUCGAUUUUGUUACUUUCAAACGAUUGAAUUUCGAAAAUAAUCAAGCUUUGUUGUUUAUUUCAGUUGGAAGAAAAAUGUGUAUUUUAGACACUUCUUGACACGAGCACUCAAAUGGAAGAAAGACUCAAUGGAAUUUCCUCGAGACUAGUUUAUAGUAAGUAUUUUUGGUAAACCUCAUCUCUUUUGCCAAUUUCAAGAGAACGCUUUUUUCUUGGAAUUUAUCAUUUUUUCUUCGAAAAUGUUCUUCAGAGGGUUCAAUUUGCGACGCGCAUCCUUGUUGGAACGACGGAAUUUGUCACUCGAACGGAUCUUCCAUUUUCAGCUGCGAAUGCACUUCUCUUUACGUCGGACAUCACUGCCAGUAUAGGGUAACAUAUAUCAAAGACGUCAAAACUUUUGACUCUAAUAAAUAGUAAUUCCGAGAUAGUAUGACAAUGAAACAAAUUCAAAAAAAUUCAAUUUUCUAACUAACCUCAAAAAGUAUAAUUCUUUACUUUCGUUUUUUUGAGCCCUGCUUUAUAAUUCAAUUAUUUGAAAAUCUUGAGUUAUUACGAUUAUGAAAUAAUUAAGUUUUUGAGGUGAAAUCAGGGAGAUCUCAAUGGUAGAAAAUAGCGUUUCGUCGUUUUUCUGAAGUCAAAAAUGGAUAUGAAAAAAAUUGGAGAUAUUUUUAAAAAGUAUCAAAUUGUGUCGGUUACGAUAAAUCGUUUUAGAAAUGAAUUCAUGUUAUGAACUUCAAAUCAGCGUUGUAAUUAAUGAAUUUUGUAUUUUAUUAAACGUCAAAGACUUGAAGAAAAUGAGAAAAGAAAUUUUUGAAAAGUUUCGUGAAAAUGAGUUCACAAUUUUCAAAAACGAAAUGAAUGAGAUAAAUAUAAGCGGAGUUGAUGUUUAUUUCUUUUCAAUGUGUGACAGAAAACAAUAUUGUGAGUCAGAAUAUAAAAAAGUAGAAUGCCAAGUUUUUCAGGUUAUGGAUUUGUGCGCGAGUGUUGUUUGCCUGUCUUUGAAUCGGUGCAGUAUCCGUGGACUUAACGUCAAAUGUGCCCCUUACAGAACUCGAGGUGAUUCUUAA